GAGUAAAGACCUGCACUUCUGAUAAAAACGAGGUAGAUGUUGUUAUUUAUUUUCUUUACCCAUUAUUCAAUACAAUCAAGAUCAAGAUCUCCGUUCAAUUUUGUUCACUCCCCACUAAAAUCAACCCAAACCCCUCAUAAAUUCUUCAAGUUUAUGAGUUUGUGAAGCCCAAGAUCAUGCCUCCUCAACCUGCAGCUCAGAGAUCUGCCUCCCCUUCUCAGCCUUCUGGGAAAGGGGAAGUUUCAGACUUGAAGGCGCAGCUAAGGCAGUUGGCUGGGAGCAGAGCGCCGGGGACUGAUGACUCGAAGAGGGAUCUCUUCAAGAAGGUGAUAUCUUACAUGACAGUCGGGAUUGAUGUCUCUUCGGUAUUUAGUGAAAUGGUGAUGUGCUCAGCAACAUCAGAUAUCGUUUUAAAGAAAAUGUGUUAUUUGUAUGUUGGGAAUUAUGCAAAGUACAAUCCGGAUCUUGCGCUUUUGACAAUUAAUUUUCUUCAAAGGGAUUGUAAGGAUGAAGAUCCAAUGAUUCGUGGACUGGCGUUAAGGAGUUUGUGUACACUUCGUGUCCCAAAUUUAGUAGAGUAUUUGGUGGGGCCGCUAGGAUCUGGAUUAAAAGAUGGGAGUAGUUAUGUGAGGAUGGUUGCAUCUAUAGGUGUUUUGAAGUUGUAUCAUAUAUCUGCUUCAACGUGUGUGGAUGCCGAUUUUCCUGCAUUGCUUAAACAUUUAAUGCUUAAUGACCCAGAUGCUCAGGUAGUUGCCAACUGUUUAUCAUCACUACAAGAGAUUUGGAGCUUGGAGGCAAAUACUUCUGAAGAAGCAUCACGGGAAAGAGAAGCAUUGCUUAGCAAGCCAAUUAUAUAUUACCUUUUAAAUAAGAUCAAAGAGUUUAGUGAAUGGUCACAAUGUAUUGUUCUUGAAUUGGUGUCUAAGUAUGUACCUCCAGAUAGCAGUGAAAUUUUUGACAUCAUGAAUCUACUUGAAGAUAGACUUCAACAUGCAAAUGGAGCUGUUGUGUUAGCAACUAUUAAGUUAUUUCUACAGUUGACUUUGUCUAUGACUGAUGUACAUCAGCAGGUCUACGAGCGUAUCAAAGCUCCCUUGCUCACUCAGGUCAGCUCAGGAAGUCCGGAGCAGUCCUUUGCAGUGUUAAGCCACUUGCAUCUACUGGUCAUGCGUGCACCUAUGCUAUUUUCUACAGAUUACAAACACUUCUAUUGCCAGUAUAAUGAACCAUUUUAUGUAAAGAAAUUGAAGCUUGAGAUGUUGACUGCCGUGGCGAAUGAGAGCAAUACUUAUGAAAUAGUGACCGAACUAUGCGAAUAUGCUGCAAAUGUUGAUAUUCCUAUGGCUAGGGAGUCAAUUCGGGCAGUUGGGAAAAUAGCCCUCCAACAGUAUGAUGUUAAUGCAAUUGUUGACCGGCUACUUCAGUUUCUAGAGAUGGAAAAGGACCAUGUGACUGCUGAAACUCUGGUUCUUGUAAAAGAUCUUCUAAGAAAAUAUCCACAAUGGAGUCAUGAUUGCAUUGCAGUGGUUGGAAACAUUAGCAGUAAAAAUAUUCAGGAACCAAAAGCCAAGGCAGCUCUUAUAUGGAUGUUGGGGGAGUAUGCUCAGGACAUGCAAGAUGCUCCAUAUGUUUUGGAAAGUCUAAUUGAAAACUGGGAGGAUGAGUACUCUGCAGAGGUGCGUUUGCAUCUGCUUACAUCAGUAAUGAAAUGUUUCUUCAGAAGACCUCCAGAAACUCAGCAGGCCCUUGGAGCUGCAUUGGCAGCUGGUAUUGCGGACUUCCAUCAGGAUGUUCAUGAUAGAGCACUAUUCUAUUAUCGUCUUCUGCAAUAUGAUGUAUCUGUAGCCGAAGGAGUUGUCAAUCCUCAAAAGCAAGCCGUUUCAGUCUUUGCUGACAUUCAUAGUAGUGAGAUAAAGGACCGCAUAUUUGAUGAAUUCAAUAGUCUAUCAGUUGUAUACCAGAAGCCGACCUACAUGUUUACUGAUAAGGAAUACCGAGGACCAUUUGCAUUUUCAGAAGAACUUGGGAAUUUGUCUAUUGGAGUUGAAGCUCCAGAAACUAUAGUUUCAUCACAGAUUGUUGACGCCAAUGAUAAGGAUCUGCUCUUAAGUACUUCAGAAAAGGAAGACAACAAGGGUCUCAGUAACAACGGUUCUGCAUACAAUGCUCCUGCUUAUGAUGGUUCCCUAUCCUUGACUGCUCCACAGGUUCAGUCAGAUCUUCUGUCCUUGGAUGCCCCGCUGCCAUCACAUCCUCCACACAGUAGCUUGGCCAUUGAUGAUCUUCUUGGUCUAGGAAUGUCAGUUGCAUCUACUCCACCAACUCCUCCUCCCCCUGUGUUGAAGCUCAAUGCUAAAGCCGUGCUUGAUCCGAACACUUUUCAGCAGAAAUGGCGCCAACUUCCGGUAUCUGUAUCACAGGAUGCCUCCAUAAGUCCCCAAGGAGUGGCGGCAUUGACAAAUCCACAAUCACUUCUGCGUCACAUGCAGGGCCAUUUCAUUCAGUGCAUAGCUUCAGGUGGUCAAUCUCCAAGCUUCAAAUUCUUUUUCUUCGCUCAAAAAUCAGAGGAUUCAACAAUAUUCUUGGUAGAAUGUAUAAUCAACUCAUCUACAUCUAAAGCGCAUUUGAAAAUAAAAGCGGAUGAUGAGAGCUCAUCCCAAGCCUUCUCCACAUUGUUUCAAUCCGCUUUGUCCAACUAUGGCAUGCACUAGACAUCUAAUGUGAACUAUCGCAGGGAAAUUUAUAGUGAUCAUCUGCCAUGCCAUUUCGAUAAAUUGAAAUUACAGGAGUUUUGAGUGCUUCUCGGUGUUGAAUGCUUAUGUUGUAUUUUCUUGUAACAUUUUUAAGCAAAUAAAGUUACAAAUUUGCAGUUUUA